AUGGCUGCUGCCCCUUCUAUCUACUCCCAUUCAUCUAUUAUCAUUCAAGAAUUCUUGAAAAAUGUCCACUCAAGAAGAUUGUUACUCCACGCUCCUUUCUCUAGUUCACCACCAGUAUCAACUACAACAGCAAUUUCCCCGUCUAGUACAGAACCUAGGGACAACACGUUCGAUGCAAAUGUGGUAAUGGUCCUAUCAGUCCUCUUGUGUGCCUUAAUUUGUUCACUCGGAUUAAAUUCCAUCAUAAGGUGUGCACUAAGGUGCUCAAGUUUAGUAUCCUCUGAUGAUACCUUAUCUGCGCGUCUAGCCAACACAGGAAUAAAGAAAAAGGCCCUCAGAACAUUCCCUAUAAUAAGUUACACCAGUGAUCUUAACUUUCCAGGUUUAGACACUGAGUGUGCAAUAUGCCUCUCCGAUUUCACUGGGGGAGAACGCAUUCGAGUCUUACCAAAGUGUAACCAUGGAUUCCAUGUUCGGUGUAUCGAUAAAUGGUUGAAUUCACACUCGUCUUGCCCUACUUGCAGGCACUGCCUAAUUGAAACUUGCCAAAAAAUAGUAGGAUGCAGCCAGGCCAGUACAUCAGCACCUGUAAUCCCACCUCCUCAAGAAGUUCUUAUCAGGAUUGCACCUUUACAAGAAGAAGGUUUGGUACGAAAUCACCAAACUUAG